AUGUCCUUACCUCUCGAUCUAACCAGAGAGAUACUCUUACGGCUGCCUGGGAAAUCUAUUGCGAGGUUUCGUUGCGUUUCGAAGCGUUGGUCAUCAACCAUCGCCGAUCCAUAUUUCAUCAACUCGUUCGAAACUCGGUCCUCAACAAAGCCGAGCCUUCUACUCUGUCUCAUAAAAGGUGACGAUUUGUUUGUUUCCUCGAUUCCGCAAAAUACUGUGGAUUCGAACGAGGCUUACUCUUCUUCUCUUCCCGUUGAUCGUUAUCAUAUGAAACUCCCAGCAAAAUAUAGUUACUUCCCUCCUAUGGAAUCCGUCCACGGCUUGAUAUGCUUUAAAGAUUCGCCAGAUCCCAAAGUUUGGAACCCUAGCAUGAGAAAGUUCUUGACGUUACCAAAUCCCAAUAACCAUAAGAGCUGGAAAAAGCAAACACUCUUUCUAGGUUACGAUCCCAUCGAAGGUAAACACAAAGUUGUGUGCAUUCGCUAUAAAAAGUUUUCAUACGUAUGCCGAGUUUUAACAUUAGGAUCUGCUCAAGAAUCAUGGAGAACGGUCAGAACCAACAAUAGACAUCGUUCUUACUAUUAUACUUAUGGGCGAUGCAUCGAUGGGGUGAUAUAUUAUCUAGCCGGUAUUCGUACAGGGCCUUAUUCACCUCAUUCAGCUUAUUCAGCUUUUUCAGCUUUAAUGAGCUUUGAUGUCAGAUCUGAGAAGUUCCAUAUGAUUAAAAUACCAUCGAAUAUUGAUAAGGAUGUGCUGAUAAAUUAUAAGGGGAGGAUAGCUUGUACUGAUGAUUAUAAUGAUAAAAGAUUGUGGAUUUUGGAGGAUGCAACGAAACACAAGUGGUCUAGUCAAGACUUUCUUGUACCUUUACGUCACUGGGAUGAUAGUUUGGAAGCCAUGUUCAAACUAAAAGGUUUCACUCAUGCUGAACCCUCGGAAGACUCAGCUGAUUCGUCAGCUCGGCUUAACUGA